AUAUUGAACAGCAUAUAAUGAGUAGUAAAGAUAUCAGAAUUGAAGAUAAUGUAUCAGUAUUUGAAAAUCAUCUUGACAAUUUUUUUGAAUAUACUAUGAGAAAAGACCAAACUAGCCAACUCAUUUUACUUCAAGAAGUUAAGCAAUAUUUUGAUGAAAAUAUUGUUGAUAAGACUACUAAUGUUAUUGAAUAUAACAACUACUUAAAGAU